AACUAGGUAUCUAGUCAGCUACUACGAGCAAAAAAUCUCGAGUAAUUCCUUCUCAAGCUAGUUUCCCCAUUUUUGAUCUUCCCCCUUUACUCCCAAACAUUCAAUCUUGAUCUCCUCUUUCUUUUGCCCAUCAUUUUCAGUAAUAUAUGGCAGCCUUGAGUUUCUUUGUGGGUGUUAUAGGCAAUGUUAUCUCAGUUCUGGUUUUUCUUUCUCCAAUGUAAGAUUAAAUGGUUCAUUUUUUUUUCAUGUUUAUUUCUUACUUUCUUUUUUUUUUGUUGUGAUAUUGAGAAGAUUUUGGUUUGCAGUGGAACGUUUUGGAGAAUAAUAAAACAUGGAUCAACUGAGGAUUUUGAGAGUCUUCCUUACAUUUGUACAUUGUUAAAUUCAAGCCUGUGGACUUACUAUGGAAUCACCAAGCCUGGAGAGCUUCUUGUUGCCACUGUUAAUGGCUUUGGUAUCUUGGUUGAAGCUGUAUAUGUUGUUUUGUUCCUCAUGUAUGCACCAAAAAAUAUGAGGGUGAAGACUGGCAUUCUGGUAGGGAUAUUGGAUGUGGGUUUUCUUGCAGCAGCCAUUUUAGUUACUCGGUUAGCAUUGCAAGGAGAAACUCGAAUUGAUGCAAUAGGAUUCAUGUGCGCUGGCCUUAACAUCAUCAUGUAUGGCUCUCCCUUAGUUGCCAUGAAAACAGUGGUGACAACCAAGAGUGUUGAGUACAUGCCAUUCUUCCUCUCGUUUUUCCUUUUCUUGAAUGGAGGAAUUUGGGCUUUCUAUGCUUUGCUCGUGCAAGAUAUUUUCCUUGGGGUACCAAAUGGGAUAGGUUUCCUACUUGGAACAGCACAGCUAUUGCUCUAUGCCAUUUACAGAAAUGCAAAACGAUCAAACAACAAAAUUUCAGAAGGAUUAUUGGAACAAGGUAAGCAAGAGGAGCCCCUUGUAUCGCCCUUGCACUAGGCAACAGCAUCAUGUUUACAUGUUAAAAGGCUUGUGUAAAAAAUACCAUUGCUACAACUGAUAUUACUCAUAUGAGAGGGAGAAUUUUGAAGUAAAAAAUAUUUGUUUUUUAAUUUAGUUUUUUGGUUUAUUAAUUUUUUUAAAUUGAAUACA